AUCAUCCCAAUGAAAACAUAUUUAGGGUUGCGACUUUGACCUCUAGAGAUUCCUCUGCCAUAAGAUUACCGCCCAAUUUUUAAAUACAAGACCUAUCGAUAUGCAAAUCACGAGUUCUUGACAUUUUCACCAGUUUAUUGGCAAUAAGAUUUAUUUCGUAUAAUCCGGUCACUCUAAUAAUACGCGGAAAUGUUUUGCUACAAGUUUCCUUGCGGGGAAUUCCAAACCCUAACAAAAAUGACUGAAACCGGCAUUACUUUCGAUCCACCGGUGUACGAGCAGAGAUACUGUGCCGCCAUCCAGAUCCUGGAGGACUCCCGCUGGUCCAAUCAGAUUAAGAAGGUGGUUGAGUUUGGCUGCGCCGAGAUGCGUUUUUUCCAGCUAAUGCGUCGCAUAGAAAAAAUAGAAAAUAUUGUACUGGUGGAUAUUGACGAGCCCUUGCUCAGGAAAAACUCAACUAGCGUCGAUCCUUUGGUCUCUGAUUAUAUAAGGCGGCGUGAGGGUCCUCUAAGAGUUCAAAUUCUACAGGGAAGUGUGGCAGAUUCUUCGGAAGAAUUGCGAGACACAGAUGCUGUAAUUGCUUUAGAGCUAAUCGAGCACGUAUACGACGAUGUUUUGGCCAAAAUUCCUUCCAAUAUUUUUGGUUUUAUGCAGCCUAAAUUGGUGGUUUUUAGCACACCAAAUUCUGAUUAUAACGUAAUAUUCACGAGGUUCAAUCCCCUGUUGCCAAAUGGAUUUCGCCAUUACGAUCACAAGUUUGAAUGGACCCGGGAGGAGUUCAAGUCCUGGUGCUUGGGUAUUGUUGAGAAGUAUCCGAACUACAUGUUUUCCCUAAUGGGAGUGGGUAAUCCUCCCAGGGACCUUGAAUCCGUGGGUCACGUUUCACAGAUAGCGCUAUUCGUCCGCAAGGAUUUUCUGGAGAUGCAGUUGGAGAAUCCUUUGGUUACCACACCUAAACUGGAUGAUGAAUCCACUCCUUACAAGUUAAUUCAUUCCGUCGACUUCCCAUUUUAUGUGGAUACCCGCACCGAGAAGGAAAAGCUCUGGACCGAAGUACAAAUUGAACUUCAGCGUUUCAAAAGAAUGGCUAAUAUAUCUGAGAACGAGCUGGAUUCCUACCCGGAGACCUACAAAGUGCCUAUUGGACAUAUAUUGGAUCGUCUGCAUCAUGUCGGUGCUACGAAAGAAGCCCUGCUGGAAUUACUGCAGGAGAAUAACAUAAAAAUAGAUGAUGAAUGUGUUAUAAUUGAAGAUUCCGGUGAGGAAUCAGAGGGCUCUGAUCCAUAUGAGUUGUCUGAACAUCUUUCCCAAAACGUAGUAUUGACUGACCAGGAACAAGAGGAGGAGUGCUGGGACUUGAACCCGGAAUCGUAACUAAUGAUCUAGAAUCUAGAAUUAUCUUUAACUGUACUGCAUUUAAAACUAUUUUUCAAAAUCAUUAUUUGUCGAUUUCUAAAAAAAAAUUGAGUCAUGGUAAACCAAAAGUUCUGUUUGAAAUUGGUAGUUCUCUAUAUAUAAGCUUAGCUUUUAUUUUCGUAAACUAAGCUUCAAUUAUAAGCUAGAUAUAUUUAUGCAUAUUUCUCGCUUAUAUUUAGCAAGACUUGCUGACUUUAUCCCACAUGGAACUGAAAAUUUAAGUUUGUAAUUCCUCUAAUGUUGUUCAAGUCAUUAAUUCCAUUUUGGAUUGUUGAAUAGACCAUUCCCCAUGUUUUGUUAACUGACAAUCUGUUGACAUUUUGAGUGCAUCGUCAGGGGUGCGGGGUGGGUUUUUCCAAGCAUCAUUGGCCAAUCCUCCCCCAGUUGACCACUUUCAGUGCAGAAAUCGUUGCAAA